GCGGCUGGAGGCGAGGGCAGGGGUGAGGCGGGCGAGGGGCGGCAGCGCGUAGCGAGACCCACAGAGCGAGACCCACAGAGAGACUGUCGCGGGUGGGCGGCCCCCCCGCGCCCCCCCGUCCUUCCCCGCCCGGCGGGUCCCGCCCUCCCCCGCCCUCCGGGCCGCGCGUCCUCCGGCCCCGCCGCCCCCGGAGCGGAGGAUGAUGAAGCUCAAGUCCAACCAGACGCGCACCUACGACGGGGACGGCUACAAGAAGCGGGCGGCCUGCCUGUGCUUCCGCAGCGAGAGCGAGGAGGAGGUGCUGCUGGUGAGCAGCAGUCGCCACCCUGACCGAUGGAUCGUCCCCGGGGGGGGCAUGGAGCCCGAGGAGGAGCCCGGCGUGGCCGCCGUGCGGGAGGUCUGUGAGGAGGCUGGAGUGAAAGGGACGUUAGGAAGACUAGUGGGAAUUUUUGAGAACCGGGACAGGAAGCACAGGACAUAUGUUUACGUACUUAUCGUCACCGAAGUGUUGGAGGACUGGGAGGACUCUGUCAAUAUUGGGAGGAAAAGGGAAUGGUUUAAGAUAGAAGAUGCCAUAAAAGUUCUGCAAUAUCAUAAACCAGUGCAGGCCUCGUAUUUUGAAACCUUGAGGCAAGGCUGUCUGGCCAACAACGGCACCCCGGUGAUGACCACGCCGUACUCCGAGAGCUCCGUGUCCGACAUCAGAUGACUGACGACGUCCCUGCCAGAGCCAUUUCCAAACCCAGACUGAGACCUGGAUUUCCCUCCCCUCCCCGUUUCCAUGCCUCCUCCCUCACACCAGGCAUGGGCAGCCGCCUGGGGCAGAGCAAGUGUUCAGAGUGCUGCAAUUUAGUGCAAGGUGGGAUUUUUUUUCAUUGGCUUUUUUUGCUUUUUUGGAUCUGUAUUUUGUAAAAUACAUUUUGUGCAUGAAGUGCCCCUUUCCCAGUACUCCGCUCCAUGGCCUGGAGGCUGCCAGCCCCUCCUCUGCCUUGUGCUCUGAAGUGUCCCGAGUGUCCCCUUCGUGUCACCCCAGCCAGAGCCACUUUUUUUUUUUUUUUUUUUUUUUUUUUUAAUUAAAAGACUUCAAUGUGAGAUCAGCUCUUCAAGUCUUAGUCUGUACUGUAAAGUGCUGCUCAGACCCACGUGGGGGUCGCUUGCAGCACGUCUGUAUAAACUUUUUUUAGAUGGAGGAUCUAACAUUUUAAUUUUGCGGGAAUUUUUUUAAUCCUGGUCUGCUUCUGAAAAGAAGGGUUCAUAAUUAAUCUGUUUGCCUUUUGUUCUGUUUUUUAAAAAUACACAUUCUGUGACAGUGCUAGUGGCUGGGCCAGUUUACUCCCCAUCCAGUAUCUCCCGAUUUAGUGCAGUGACACUUGAAGUUGAGGGCAGAGUUCUGAUCACCUGCAGACAUCCCUGCAGACAUCCCUGCAGACAUCCCUGCAGACAUCCCUGCAGACAUCCCUGCAGCUCCGUGGCUUCUCCGACAGCUUCUGCCAAUGUUUCUGCAUUUUCAUCAGAGUGAAACCACAAGGAGUUGGUCUUUACCCCUUGGCCAAAACCAAACAGCCUCAGCAACGCUACGAUAGAACCCGGACUGCGUCGUCUGCAGUGGGAGCCGGGGCUGCACGGGGGUCAGACAGACAGACUGCAGUGUGGCUCCCCAGUGCUGUUCCCUGCUCCUGCUGCGUUCUGCUCGUGUCUCUCUUGUCCACAUGCCUUACGCCGUGCUGAGCUGGAGACUUGGAAUUUGUGCGAAAGCAUCGGAUCGGACCCACGGAGCGCUGCUGCGCGAGCCCGCGGUCGGACAGCCACGUGUGUCCUGAGGAGAGGACCUGGAGGAAACGUUCAGGUGUUGGGUCUCUUGUCCUGUGGUUCUGCAGCGCUUACAGUCGCACGUGGAGUGUGCCCUCCGUGAAAGGUACAGCUGCUCCGGCAGCAUUCCCGGGGGGAGCCCGCCCGGCUCGCAGGAGAGCUCCCCGAUGCGUUGGCACACUUCACACGGGGGUUUGUUGUUUUAUUGCUGUAAGUUUCAUGCUGUCUUGAUUUGCCAACAGUGUUGUCUAGUUGGGAAAUAAAAUGGGAAGGGUUGGGGCUGGGGGGUGGGUUGGGUCAGGUACAAGUUUUGGGAGGGGCAUUAAUUAAUCCCUGGCUUGGGACAGGAAGUGGUUGCUGAGUUCAGUAACCUCUCCUUUGUCAGAGCAGAGCCAAGAUGUGAAAUUAAAUCUGCAGUGCUCUUUUUUUUUUUCCUUUUUUUUUCCUUCUCUUUAUUUAACAAAAAAUAUUCUAAUAAACACUCACUGUUCCAGAGUUUUCUCUCUUCCCGAGAAGCACUUACAAUAUGAAAAUCUGAUAGAAAUAUCCAUGGAGCCUGGGACAAGGGGGAAUGGUAUCCUUGCUGGUUUGGCAAGAAGCUGUUCAUUUUAAGAUCCUCUUCUGUUCCUUUCCUUGUUCUCCCUGCUUUCAUCAGUGUGGAGUAGCAAGGCCAAAAGCAGUGCCAGCACUCGCUGACAUGGAAAACCGCGCGUAAGGAACAGCCCAUUAUUCAAGGAGUAGCUCAAACCCGGGCAUCUGGAAUUGAGCCUAAAUUACACCAGUUCAGCUCACUUCAACUUAGAGACGAAUGUACAAUCCUUUCUCACUCUGUGCUGGUCAGCCUGAACCAAACUCUCAAAGGGCUUGAAUAUUCUAUCUGGAAGUGUACAAGGAAUUCCGACAGUCACUGUCCCCGCGCCCUGCGAGGCACCUGACACAGCCAUCUACUGCCUUCGAGGAGUCUUGGUCUCUUCUGUACAGAUUAGUAUGUUGGGAACGCGUUGCAACAAAACAGCUGGUACUCCUGAAAGAGUAACUGCAGUUUUAAUAUCAGCAGCAUGCACACUUUUGUUUUUAAACUAAAAAUGUUUUUACAGGGCUGUUAAACUGACAAUAUAGGGUAGAAUAUUGUUAAUGACUUGCUAAUGGCUUAUUUGUUUGGGUCAGAAAAAUAAAUUGUGCCAAGAAAGUGUU